AUGGGAACAAUAAAAGAAGACGAAGGGCUCAGGCUACUUAGAAACGUGGAAAUUCUGAGAGUGCUGAAUGGAGAAGAUAUUGGAAAACCAAAUAUCAACACAAACAUGUUAGAAAGAGAUAGACAAGGGCUAAACGACAGGGAUACACUGUCUAACCCCCAGAAGAAGUCCAUAUUUCUCGAUAAGUUUCGGUUUCUGCCGAAACUAAACGAGUUACAUUACAAAAAAAAUGUACAGAGAACAGUUGAAGAAACACCCCCACCAAGUCCUGCACCGUCUUUACAGCACAGAGCAGAGAAUUUUUCUGCUCUCAACAGACGUAGAAUGCGCAAGCGGCGAACUAUUCUGUACGCGAAGAUUAAAGGUUUGGAAAAUAAAAUAAGCAACAGAGAGAAAUAUGAGAUAAUACAUAUACAAGUCUACACAGGAAGAUAACAUUAUCAAAAUAUCCAGUUUGAAUAAAAAUGCAUUACUUUUCCUCCCAUAGGAAUUUUUAAGUAAUGCUACUAACUUUCCCAAAAAGGUGAUUUUUAG